AUUUACAUGGUGUAAUUAUCUUGCUUUCCUUUUUUAUUUUCACCUCCUCCUCUCUCUUUCAUGGAGCCUACCUUCUCUGCUUCCUGUUUCCUUCUCUGAAUCAAUCUCACCUUAAUUUUCUCUGUCUUCUGUUCUUAAGAGGUCUCAUUUUUUGUUCCACUUCGAAAGAAAGAGAAAUCUGCGCUGAAAUUUAUUUCUGUCAAGUUUUUCAUUUGAAAAAUUUUUGAUUUUAUCAAUGGAGGAUGCUAACGAAACACGGUUGUUGCUGAACCGAUUAAUUGAAAAAAUCAAUGAAAUUUCAUCAAUUUCUGAUUAUCGAUCUCCUGUUAAGAAGCAGUACUGUAAUUUAGCUCGAAGAUUGAAGCUUUUAACGCCAAUGUUUGAUGAAAUGAAGGAGAGUGAACAGAAAUUAACUGAUGAUGUUAUCAAAAAUCUUGUUGAUUUUGAUGAGGCGCUUAAUCAAACUGUUGAUUUGCUCCGAUUUGGUUCUCGUUGCAGCAAAAUUUAUCUGACCCUUGAAGGAGAGAAAAUUAUGACAGAUUUCUUUGAAGUGACAUCUAAGUUGGAGCAAGCUUUGGAUAGACUACCAAUCGAUAAACUUGACAUCUCUGAUGAAGUAAAGGAACAGGUUGAGCUUGUUGUUACUCAGUUUAAAAGAGCUAAGGGAAGAAUUGAUUCCCCUGAUUCAGAGUUAUAUGAGGGUCUUUUAUCUCUAUAUAGCUCUGAUAUAGCUAUGGAUCCAGAGUUACUAAAGAGUGUUGCUAACAAGCUGCACCUGAUGAAUCUUGAUGAUCUGACACAAGAGUCCAUUGCUCUCACUGAGAUGGUUUCUACAACUGAUGGAGAUCCUGAAGAGAAAAUCGAGAAGAUGUGCAAUCUACUAAAGAAAAUAAAGGAUUUUGUUCAGACUGAAAAUCCUGAUUUUGAAUCUUCUGCAGGAGAGAACAAUCCCUCAUCAAGUUCCACUGGACAAACAUCUUCUGAUGGGAGUCCCAAGUCUCUUGUUAUACCUGAUGAUUUUCGAUGUCCAAUUUCUCUCGAGCUAAUGAGAGAUCCUGUUAUUGUUUCAACUGGACAGACAUAUGAACGCUCAUGCAUUGAGAAAUGGAUCGGGGCUGGUCACAACACAUGCCCAAAAACACAACAAUUGCUCCAUAACUCAUCUCUUACACCCAACUAUGUCUUGCGAAGCCUAAUAGCCCAGUGGUGUGAAGCAAAUGGGUUGGAACUUCCUAAGCGGCCUGGAAGUUCGAACCCUAGCAAAACCGCCUCUGCUUGUUCAGCUGCUGAACGUUCCAAGAUUGAAGAACUACUUCGCAAGCUCCACUCAGGUAACCCUGAUGAUCAGCGUGCUGCAGCUGGUGAAAUCCGGCUUCUUGCAAAGCGAAAUGCUGAUAAUCGUGUAGCCAUCGCUGAAGCAGGGGCCAUCCCUCUUCUUGUGGACCUGCUAUCGACACCCGAUUCACGCACCCAGGAGCAUGCUGUAACCGCUCUUCUUAACCUUUCAAUUUGUGAUGAUAAUAAAGGUAGUAUCAUAAAUUCAGGGGCUGUACCUGGUAUUGUUCAUGUGCUGAAGAUAGGAAGCAUGGAAGCAAGAGAAAAUGCAGCUGCUACCCUUUUCAGUCUCUCAGUUGUGGAUGAAAAUAAGAUAAGAAUAGGUAAUUUAGGCGCUAUUCCUCCUCUUGUAAUGUUGCUGAGUGAGGGUGCCCAAAGAGGGAAGAAAGACGCUGCCACUGCAUUAUUUAACCUAUGUAUUUACCAAGGAAACAAGGGCAAGGCAAUAAGAGCUGGAAUUGUGCCGACAUUAAUGGGAUUAUUGACGGAACCUGGAGGUGGCAUGUUGGAUGAGGCGUUGGCCAUUUUGGCUAUACUAUCUAACCACCCUGAAGGUAAAGCUGCCCUUGUAUCUGCAGAUGCAUUACCUGUUUUGGUAGAGGUAAUUGCCAACGGAUCACCAAGGAACAAAGAAAACGCAGCUGCAGUUCUAGUGCAUCUUUGUUCGGGUGAUCUGAAAUAUCUAGAAGCAGCACAAGAGCUCGGAAUUAUGAAUUCUCUGAUUAAUAUGUCACAGAAUGGCACCGAACGGGGGAAGAGAAAAGCUCAGCAAUUACUCGAGAGAAUGAAUCGAUUACUUGAGCAGCAAAAACAGGCCCAGGCGCAAGCCGAGGCUGAAUCACAUGCACCAACUCCUGCUGAAGACGGGCUCUCUUAAUUUUUCAAUACUUUUUAUAUAAUUUUUUUAAAAUUUGAAGUUAAAGGGAAAGAGAGGAUGGAAGGAAGGGCCUUGUAUUGAUCCACCGGAAGUUUGUAAGUCUUAUUCCGGUGGAUGAAGCUCAUCAUUUUUGGCACUCUGCUGGUUUUGGGGGAUUGAGAUGAAGAAAGGAUCGUCAAUAUCAUCACAGAAGGCACAAAAUAUAUGCAAAGAAACAAAAAAAUGACAUGGUCAGACAUGUUGAUAUGUAACAUUGUAAAAAUUUGUAUCCGUAAUCAUUCUCAACUUUUAUCAAAGGAUAGAUUUUAUAUGUGCUUUUGUCCCAUUGUUUUGCUUCUGAAUCCAAGGUUAAGACAUCUAUGCAUCAACUUAUUGUAACUCAAA